AUGCAAUACUCCCCACAUUCGGUGCGACGGAGGGCCCGCAGCGCCUCAAAUGCUUCUGCUGUUUGCGGGUCAAACACGUCGGGUGGGCUGUUCGUCGCGUGUGGGCGGCGCGCCGUACCGAAGCGACCCUUCUGCUCCCGGGCCGUGAGCGGUCAGCAGUCGCCGCUUCAGCAAGCCGGGCGCCCAACCGAAUCCCGGCCCCGGCGAAAGGACGGGGUCCAGCGGAGGGAGGGCGGAAUGGCCCUGAGAGCGCAGGGGCACGCGGCGUGCGUCGCGGCAGUUCCCCCGGCAUAUGCGGGGCGUCCGCCCAGCGGCCUUGUUGGUCCCGCUGGGGAAAAAAGAAAUCCGCCCCGCGCGGGCGAAUUAGCAUAUAAAAAAGAAGAAGCGGAUGAGCACCUCCCCCCGCACGCGCCGGUGAGAAGUCUUGUGAUUCCCGCGACGCACUCCGGAAGCAUCUGUCCACGGCGCACGAAGCAAGUCACGCCCAGGGAUUGUUUGGCCGUGUCCAAAGGCAGCGCCCCCAGAAAAAACGACCAUGCGAUGACCGUGAAGAGGGCGCGGCGGGACCGAUGCCAAAGGUUCCUCGGCGCGAAUUGUGCGCACAGAGUGGCCGCGCCGCCCCUCAACCCCUCGCCAACGGGCGGGCGCCCACGCUGGCAGACCUCACAGCAAGGGCAAAUACUACGCCGUGGUUAA